AUGAUACAUCCUUCGAUGUCAAGGGAGAUAACCACGACAUUUAAGCGCAUUCGAAAUAUCACUGGUUUUACUUGGAUGUUGACACCAAAGGAGAUAAAAGAUGCUUACUAUCAAGAACUUGAAAAAGCUUAUUCUUGGCCUGACUCCUGGGAGCACGAUGUUCAUAAACUUUGGAAAAAUGGGACAGCAAAAAGAUUCUCUGGUUUUAUUUCAGCCAUAAAGAAGACGAAAACUGUGAAUGUAGGGAAGCCGAGUUACGUUCCAGAAGAAAUGUGGAAUGGGUUAGUUGAACACUGGAAUAAACCCACUGUUAAAGCUAAGUCGGAGGCUUCACGAAGGGCCAAAUUUUCAGAGUCUAAUGGACCUGGUACUGGAUAUGUCAGACAUCAUGGAAGAUCGGUGUCUGUGGCUGUAAUAGCUCAGAAGAUUGCGAAAGAAAGGAGUAUUCCCAUUGAUAAGUGUAUGCACGAAGCAUUCAUGAUAUUACACCACAAGAAUGGAGAAUAUACCUACAAGAAGGCUGCUAACUUGGAUGAAAAAGUGAGAAGGAUUGCUGAUGAGCAAGGUGAUGGCGCAAAUUUAAAUAAGAUCUUCAUGCAAGAGGUUAUGAAAGACAUUGACAAGAAGAAGAGCAUGCUUGGAACUGGUGUCCUUGGACCGACCCUCUUGGACAAUUUUGCUACAAAGACUACAGGUUCGACCAGCAGUCAAGUUGAUGCCGAGUGGAAGAUUGAGUUGGAAGCUGAGCGCGAGAAAAGAAUGAAACUAAAAGAGGAUUUCAAGAGUAUGCAACAGAUGGUGGAGGAACUCGGGAGCCAAUGUUAG